GCUGGACCACCCUCUCCGCCCACCCCGGAGCGUACACCCGCGUGUCCGCGGCUUCGCCCGGAAGGCGGAGGAGCUGGGGCUGCGGAAGGAUGGAGUGCGGCGCGGCCGGCGGCUUCUCCGAGGAGCAGUUCCGGGAGGCCUGCGCGGAGAUCCAGCAGCGCGCGCCGACAGGGGCCAACUGGGAGCUGAUGGUGGAGACCCUGGGCUUCAGCAUCUACGGGCUGCUGGACCAGCAGACUGGACUUUAUGAGUAUAAAGUCUUUGGUGUUCUGGACGAUUGCCCACCAGCUUUACUGGCAGAUGUCUAUAUGGACUUAGACUACAGAAAACAGUGGGACCAAUAUGUUAAAGAACUCUAUGAAAAGGAAUGCAACGGAGAAACCGUGGUCUACUGGGAAGUGAAGUACCCUUUCCCUAUGUCCAACCGAGAUUACAUCUACAUCCGGCAGCGGCAGGAGCUGGACGUGGAAGGGAGGAAGAUCCAUGUGGUCCUGGCCCAGAGCACUUCUGUGCCGCAGUUUCCUGAGAGGUCCGGUGUGGUCCGGGUAAAGCGGUAUAAGCAGAGCCUGGCGAUUGAGAGUGAUGGCAAGAAGGGGAGCAAAGUUUUCAUGUAUUACUUUGAUAACCAGGAUCUGCAAAUUCAGCCGUGGAUCAUUAACCAGGUCGCCAAGAAUAAUGCUCAUAGAAUCCUGAAGGAUAUAGAAAAGGCCUAUCAGAACUACUGAGGGAAACUUCAGUAAGGGCACCGUGUGUUGGUGGAAUGAUGUCUCUGGAAGUGCCACAGCUCAGCAAUGCGCAGCUUUCCUUUCACUAUUGCACCCACAGAGGCCUGCAUACAGUCCUGCACAUCGUCCCCAAGUGUGUUUGCCUGAGGCCUGGCUCCUCCCCACUCUCCCCACCCCGGGACUGGCUGCCUUCUUCCACUAUUGAAUGUGGGUCAGAUUAGGGGAACUUUGCUUGUUUAUUUUUGAAAAGGGAAAGUCCUCAGUAGGGAACACAAUCCUUUCAUUGUGCCAUUUUAGGGGGAUGGGUGGGUGGAGGGGCCGCAGAUCCUAGCAAGCUGGCUUCUUCCCAGAAUGUGACUUCUUGCCCCCAGGAGGGGCUGUGGGACGCUGUCCCCUUCAGACUGGGAGACACGUGCUGAUGUCUGUUUUCCUGAUGCCAUGGCGGGUUGAUUUGGCUGGGGUCUGAGGUGAUAAUCCAGUAAUUCUCUCCUUCCAAACCAUGUUGAAACACAUGGCAGGCCUGAUUACACACUCGAUGUGGUAGCCAUGUUUUCUCAUCCCCUAUGUCUGGGAUUCUCUUUGCCACCUGCCACUGGAGAGAGGAUAACCAUACCUCACUAGCUCUGCAUUUUAUCAGAACCUGAGGCAUCAUGAUAGGUCUCGCUGGUAGUUUGCAAAAGUCAAGAAGCUGUGCACACAGCUGUAAUAAAGUUUCUUUAUAUGCAAUAAAAUGACUUUCCCUUCUAGAAUGUUUGGAGAUAUUGAAGGGAUAGGAGUUCACAACCAGGGAAAUAUUAAUUAGUGGAUUGGUUGACAUGACAACAUUUUUCUCAGGAAUUCCUCCCAAGAUGUCUGCCUCUUCGACCACUAAAACUCCAGUUUCCAGUUUUCUCCUGAAUUUUGGUAGAGCGAGAAUUUCCAUGGCUAAAGGCAUAGCCUUCAUGAUCUCAGGGAAAAAAUUUUUUGCACUA